CCUCACGUCGCGCGUCGUGAAACAGUUGCGAGUGGCGCUUGAUGGGGUUGACACCGUCAUCAUACUGGGUUCAACCAUGCCGAAUCAUGAGACGCCGUUUCCACACCUCACCAGCGCUGAAGUCAAAUACUUGUGCUCCACAUCAAAUGUAGAUGAAUCUUAUCUCAAGGAUCGGUACCUGGAACCCCUGCACGGGGUGAAGCUGGCAGAACGACUGCGACAAAUGGCGAAAGUGUUCUCAGGCGAGAUUUUUCCUGGUGUCCACAUCAGUACGGGAAGUCUGCAGCCAUUCCUAAAGAAAGGGAUUACAAACGAUGACCGCUUGGCGGUCCAUUCAGUGAAGGUUGCAGUGGGUGAAUUCGUUGCGGCGAUGGUGAUUGAUGGACACGGCGGGGAAGAAUGUGCUGCGUAUGCCCAACACGGGAUUAUCCCAUUUAUUACUCGAGAGCUGGGACGUUGCGGAUCUACUUCCUCCUGCACGGAAAUCUCAAGUGCACUACAGCGAGCCAUCAAGGCCUUCGACGACGAUCUGGCUCGAGCGCUGAAGGAGAGUGUCACGAAGGUUCCUCCCGGAGAGCCGUUAUCCACGACGUUCCUCCGAGAUCCCCCCCUGAGGCGCUUGUUGAGGUGAUUCCGUGGAGCCUGUGUGGUGACAGUGCUUGUCAGACCCUCGACUCGGGAUCUUUGGGUGGCGAACCUGGGGGAUUGCUUGGUAGGUGGAAGGUCAUGAGAACGUAGAAGAUCCAUCAGGCAGCUGGAUUGUACGUCGAUUGACGGAAGAGCACAACACGAGCAAUAAGGAUGAAGUGAAGCGGAUCCAAGAUGAGCAUCCAGGCGAGG